AUGUACGCACAAUUUGGACAACCUCCAUUUAAUUGCAAUGGCUCUUGUAUGGGUGGAGCUGAUGAACAAAAUCCCUCUCCAUAUGCUCGAAGUUUACAUGAUACAACUUAUGCAUAUUUGAGAGCAUUGAAUUUAACAAUGUUAAAAUAUGGAUAUAUGUCAAGCGAUUUAGCCAGAAAUGGGACACAGAUAAACAAUAUGAGUAAAGGGGAAUUUGAUGGUAAUGAUUUGAAACUUGAGGCAGUAUAG